AUGGUUAAAUGUGAUCCUCGUCAUGGAAAAUACAUGGCUUGUUGUCUAUUAUAUCGUGGUGAUGUAGUACCUAAAGAUGUCAACGCAGCUAUCGCCACCAUUAAAACUAAACGUACCAUUCAAUUUGUUGAUUGGUGUCCAACUGGAUUCAAAGUUGGUAUUAAUUAUCAACCUCCAACUGUUGUUCCUGGUGGUGAUCUUGCUAAAGUACAACGUGCUGUUUGUAUGUUGUCCAACACAACCGCAAUUGCUGAAGCAUGGGCUCGUCUUGAUCACAAAUUUGAUUUAAUGUAUGCAAAACGUGCUUUUGUCCAUUGGUAUGUUGGUGAAGGUAUGGAAGAAGGUGAGUUUUCUGAAGCACGUGAAGAUUUGGCUGCUUUGGAAAAGGAUUACGAGGAAGUUGGUACUGAUUCACUUGAAGGAGGAGAAGAGGAGGAGGCUGAAGAAUAUUAA